CACACCCACGAAUAUUCCCCUUCUUCUCCUUCUUGAUCCCCUCCCUUUCCCUCUGGUUUCUUUUCAAGUCCUAAAAAAAAAAACGCAAAAAGGCCCAAAAAAAAAAAAAAAAAAAAAAAAAACCAAAACCUCGGUAGGUAAUAGAUUCCGUACCUCGACCGCGCCAUGGCCACGGAGUUCGACGACUCCGAGUGGAUCCUCGCCGACGCCGACGACGAUGACGGCGACGGCGACGGCGACUGGGUCGUCACCGAUGGCGAUGAGGGCUCCGUCUCCGGCGUCUUCUUACCCUCCCCCUCAAAACCCCUCCUCCACCGAGGCGGCCGCGGCGGCGCCGCCGCCGCCACCUUCGCCGCAUUCGGUCGCCGCUCGCUCCCCAUCCCCGACCCUUCCCUCUCCUUCCUCCCCCCCUCCCUCUCCGUCGCCUCCUCCUCCCGUGGCCUCCUCCUCCUCCGGGGUCCCUGGUCGUCUUACUACGUCUGCAACCCCGCCAACGCCCAAUGGGGCCCCGUCCCCCGCCCGCCGCGGCCCCAUUCCCUCGCCUCCCCUCCCCCUGACCUCGCCCUCGUCGCCGACCCCUCCCCGUCCCCCCACUUCCACCUCGUCUGCGCCUUCCGAACCCUAGACGGCGAGUACCGCUUCGAGACCUUCUCUUCCGCCGCCGGGGGGUGGCGCUCCUCCUCCGCCGCCCCCGUCUCCGCCCUCGUCCCCGGCUCCGCCGUCGCCGCCGCCGGCGCCGCCUACUGGAGGACCUCCAAGCCGGAGAUCCUCGCCUUCGACCCGGUCUCCGGCGCCGCCCGCCUCCUCCCGGCCCCGCCGGGGUGCGGCGACUGCGGCGCGCGGUGGCAGCUCGGCGAGGCCGCGGGACGGCUCUGCUGCGCGCGCGUGGCGCGCGCCGCCGUGGAUCUCCUCGCCCUCGGCCCCUCCGAUCGCUGGGACCUCCUCGGAUCCUACGCCCUCUCGAUCGCCGGAGAGGGCGGAGACGAGGCGACGGGGCUCAGCAGCGGCAUUGGAGGGCCGGAGCCAUUGGUUUGCAGAGAGGCGCCGCGGCCGCUGCGGUUUGAGAGCGGGAACCUCGAGGUGGUGCUGUGGGUGGACGGCCGGAUCGUGGCGGUCGACCUCAAGGCCGGAUGUCUGAGGCCGCUCCGGUUCGAGGGGGUCGCACCAGAUUCGGAGGGGGACUACGUGGCGUACGUCAACACCCUCGGUCCGGCCGUCCCCGGCGGCGCCUAGACGAAUCCCGCAGUGAGAAUUGCUUCUCCUUUCUUUAUGUCUCUUCUAUCCGUUAUAUAGUUUCACCAUCUUACAUGAUUCUUGGGCACUCUUUAGGAGUUUAUUGUUGGUUGCCCUUAUAUGCCCUUUAGUGAACUCUUUAACUUGUAGGCAUUGAUAUGUGAAUAAAUAAAUAAAAGAAGAAGUUGGGUUUUA